AUGUUCAAUUUAGCCAUUCUGAAGGAUACCGUAGCGAUACAUCCGUCAGAUUUUGGUUUACCACCUGAACAAGCUCUAAUAGCAGAGUUGAACAAAAAAUACGCGAACCGCGUUCUUCACGAUGUAGGACUGUGCAUCUGUACUUUCGAUUUGACAGAAACUGGUGGGGGAAAAGUACGAUAUGGCGACGGGUGUUUAUGGUAUAAAGUUGUAUUCAGGAUGGUGGUUUUCAGGCCGUUCACUUCUGAAGUUAUUGUCGGGAAAGUCAAGUCUUCAGACCAGGAUUCUAUACGAGUCACUCUGGGAUUUUUUGACGACAUAUAUAUCCCCGCAAUAUACCUUCCCCAACCAUGCGCCUUUGAUCCGAACGAGCGUUCAUUUUUCUGGCUCCCGGACUCCGAAUUAACAAAACCCCAAGAAAUGCUGGACACACCUCUCGUUGAAAGGAUGUACAUCGACCAAGGGGAGAUUAUCCGAAUUCGCGUCGAGUCUGACGAGUUUUAUGAUGACGAACCAGGUCCGCCGAAAGUUCUUGAAGGUGUUCCGGUAGACAUCCAGAGGCGAAGGGCACCGUUCAGUAUUGUGUGCUCCAUUGCCGAGCAAGGGCUUGGUCCCGUCUCAUGGUGGGGUGGUCAAGGAGGACAAGAUGGUGAUGUUGUCGAAGUUGAGGGUGAGAUGUAA